AUGAGAGCAAUACUCGAAUCUCACUGUUUUCAUGUUUUCUCUAUAUUGCUACUGUUGCUAUGCAGUUUUUCAUCAGCGUUUGUUCCACUGUCUCUCCCGAUGCGAACACCUCGAGCGGUUCGUCUUCAAGUCAUGACGGAACCGCCGCGGGGCGGAACGAGUCGUACCGAGGCCAAGGAAGAUAAAGAUGACGACCCCAAGGCACUGUCGCCGGAAUCGGACUACCUCCUACAAACAGAAGACUUCACGCGACAAUGGAAGAAACCAGAACAACACAGUCUUGAAGUCCCUAGAGUACGUCAUACGGUUUUGAGUGAAAGGGAUUACCAUCGGUUGGAAGCGAUUAUUUUUCAGGACGACGCUACGGAAGGCAGCGAAGAAGCAACAGUGCUUCAACGCCGGGUUAGCCUACCCAACAUCCCUAUUCCACCCCGACUUGCUCGUCCAGGUGUCGCCUGGCAACAUCAUCACCACGCAACGGUCAAUCUUGUUCGACAGCACCGCAACCAAAAGCACGAUGGCCCCAUUCAAUUCAUCACCAAUAUCAUCAAUCGACCACAGCUCGUUUCGACGUGCUCCGAAUGGAAGCGUCUCGAGAAACAUGCCGAAUAUAUCGGAACAACACAUCUCAAAGACUUGCUACAAGACAGGGAACGUUGUGACGAAAUGUAUGCAACCCAUGAUGGUGUCUAUCUCGACUACUCCCGGCAGCGUGUAACACUGGAAACAAUGAAGUUUUUGUACGCACUGGCCGAAAAGCAAAAUCUUAAAGGUCAAAUUGACAAAAUGGUGAAGGGCGACAAAAUCAACUUCACCGAAGAUCGGGCGGUCCUGCACACGGCACUGCGAGCCGAACGUGCGUUGACCGGUACUGUCAUGGUGGACGGUGUUGAUGUGAUUGCAGAAGUACACCAGGUGCUGGAUCAAGUCAAAGUCUUUACAGACGGUGUUCGAUCGGGGCAAAUUCGCGGGUACACCGGUAAGCGGCUCCGGAACAUUGUGUCCGUGGGCAUUGGCGGAUCGUACCUGGGCCCGGAAUUUUUACACGAGUGUCUUAAAACGGAGCCAGAAGGAAUCAAUUCUGCGUUGGGUUAUUCGUUGCGAUUUUUAAGCAACGUAGAUCCGGUAGAUGUUGAACGAACAUGUGCGGAUUUAGAUCCUGAAGAAACACUCGUGGUCGUUGUCAGCAAAACGUUUACCACUGCUGAAACCAUGCUCAAUGCCCGCACAAUGCGGCAAUGGCUGUGGGAUUUUAUGGGCAACGACAAGGAAGUGGUCAAGAAACAUAUGGUGGCGUGUGCAUCUGUUUCGGCAAUUGACAACGUUCGCAAAUUUGGAAUUGAUACCGACCGAUAUUUUUUCCGGUUUUGGGACUUUGUGGGUGGUCGGUAUAGUGUAUGCAGCGCAGCCGGUGCCGUUCCGAUAAGUCUGCUAUAUGGUUUCGACUUGUUUGAAAAGUUUCUUCAAGGUGCAAAUUCGAUGGACAAGCAUUUUCUGACAGCGCCUUAUGAUCGUAACAUUCCGGUUUUAAUGGGACUACUGGGCGUAUGGAAUAUGUCCUUUAUGAAUUACAAGGCUCGGACGACCUUGCCAUACGCGGAGGCUUUGCUUAAGCUACCGGCGCACAUUCAACAGCUGGACAUGGAAUCAAAUGGCAAAACCAUGACGAAACAUGGUCUGGAGGUAGACUACCCCGUGGGUGAAAUCGAUUUCGGAGAAGCUGGUACCAAUGGCCAGCACUCUUUCUAUCAGCUGCUGCAUAUGGGACAGACGGUUCCAUGUGACUUUAUUGGCUUUGUGCAGUCACAGCACGACUUUUGCCUGGACGGUGAGAAUUUAUCCUCACACGAUGAACUCAUGGCAAACUUUUUCGCUCAGCCGGAUGCCCUCGCUACGGGAAAGACAGCUGACGAAGUCCGCGCCGAAGGUGUUCCUCCAGGUCUGGUGGGUCACAAAGUUUUUAAAGGCAAUCGUCCGAGCCUUUCUCUGCUGCUUCCGAAACUGACGGCUUAUGCGUGUGGACAACUGCUAGCUAUUUACGAACAUCGCACAGCCGUCCAAGGAUUCAUGUGGGACAUUAAUUCUUUCGAUCAGUGGGGCGUCGAGCUUGGCAAGAAGCUUGCCAUCGAUGUCAAAGGCCAUUUGCUCAACGCCCGACGGAGUGAAGAAGAGGUCGAGACUUCUAAUCCGGCCACAACUAGGCUGCUCAACUAUUACGUGAACAAUUCUCGCAGAAUAUGUCAGGAGGCGCCCUAUAAUCCGAUAACUUCGGUGACACGGAAAACGCAUCGAGAGCACGCGUCUGCUCCGUUGCCACCCCUCCCGCACGAUCUAGGUGGACAGGAAGGCCGACUGACGUAA